CACACCCACACCCACACCCACACCCUCUCUGGAAGCAGAGAGAAGAAAGCAACUGUCUCUUUUUGCGCAAAACUAAAAGCCAGUUUACUUCACGAGCACCUUCUCUCUCUCUCUCUCUCUCUCUCCCCACCUAUACGUUCACGUAUAAAGUAUAUAUAAACCCUUAACUGAUAUCGCUGUUUUCAAGAUAUAUAUGCAAUAAAGUGACGCAAUAAGAUUAUGGAAAGCCGAAAAUUUAUGGUCAAAUUAUUGGUGGUGAUGAGUUGUGCUUGAGGUGUUAUGAGGUAAGUGAGUUCUUCACGGGGCAACCGUCUCUGUCAUCCUUCACCUGAACUCAUCGUUUCGUGAUUCAUGUCUUGCCACGUGAGGCUCUUUUCUCUUUCUUUCUUUCGAAGAUUUUCACUUCUUCUUUCUUAGCUUUCUGGGCAGCUGAGAAUUUUUCUGCUAAUGGGAGUUCGGGUUUGGUGAUCGACCGUUGUUUGGGGAGUAAGGGGUUUCGUGAGGUGGGGGGAAAUUGUGGAUGGAUCGACCGCCUGUGACGGUGGGGCCGCCGGGGAUGGACAUGCCUAUUAUGCAUGAUAGCGAUAGGUAUGAGCUAGUGAGGGAUAUUGGGUCGGGCAAUUUUGGGGUGGCGCGGCUCAUGAGGGAUCGCCAGACAAAUGAACUUGUUGCUGUUAAGUACAUCGAGCGGGGUGAGAAGAUCGAUGAAAAUGUGCAACGAGAAAUCAUCAACCACAGAUCUCUCAGGCAUCCCAAUAUUGUCAGAUUUAAAGAGGUAAUACUGACGCCAACCCAUUUGGCUAUUGUUAUGGAAUAUGCAUCUGGAGGAGAGCUUUUUGAACGAAUAUGCAAUGCAGGGAGAUUCAGUGAGGAUGAGGCGAGAUUUUUCUUCCAGCAACUCAUAUCAGGAGUCAGCUACUGUCAUGCCAUGCAAAUAUGCCAUCGUGACUUGAAGUUGGAGAAUACACUACUGGACGGAAGCCCAGCUCCUCGACUGAAGAUUUGUGAUUUUGGGUAUUCCAAGUCCUCAGUGCUUCAUUCACAACCAAAGUCAACAGUUGGCACCCCUGCAUAUAUUGCUCCAGAAGUGUUGCUUAAAAAGGAAUACGAUGGAAAGAUUGCAGACGUGUGGUCUUGUGGAGUAACUUUAUAUGUCAUGUUGGUUGGUGCAUAUCCUUUUGAGGACCCCGAGGAACCCAAAAACUUCAGGAAAACAAUACAGCGAAUCUUGAAUGUUCAAUACUCAAUCCCAGAUUACGUGCAUAUAUCUCCAGAAUGCCGGCACUUGAUUUCAAGGAUAUUUGUGGCGGACCCUGCAAAGAGAAUUACAAUCCCUGAAAUAAGGAACCAUGAAUGGUUUCUAAAGAACCUUCCUACAGAUCUCAUGGGAGAUAACAUGGAAAACAACCAGUUUGAAGAGCCCGAUCAACCCAUGCAGAGUGACGAAGAAAUUAUGCAAAUAAUAACGGAGGCUACUAUCCCACCUGCUGGAACAAACAGCCUGAAUCAGUAUCUCACUGGUAGCCUGGAUAUCGAUGAUGACAUGGAUGAAGAUUUGGAGAGCGAUCCUGACCUAGACCUUGAUAGCAGUGGAGAAAUCGUUUAUGCAAUGUGAUUACAAGUUAAUGCCUCUGUAUGAAAGAUGCUUCAUUUCCACUCCGCUGCGCUUCUUAACCCUGUCCAAAAGGAAAAAUUGGGAGAAUCAUUUGCCUAAUAGCAUUCUGUAAUCUGAUCUCCGAAUGAACUGCUUGUUGUACCAUGCCUACUUUUUUCUUCUCUCUUGCAAUCUCUUUGCUGCUGUAUGUUAGUACACUAUGCAAUUUGUUGACAUUGAAUUGUCCAUCUGUGCCUGCGAGAAAAGAAUGAUUUGCUUGAUGUUUUUUAA